UGGCCCACAGUGGCUCCACUUUCCUCCAGCAGGGGGCAACCCCUCGUUCCCAGGCCUGCUGGGGUGGGCAGAGACGGGGAGGGGUCGGUGCCUAACGUUCAUCCUGGCAGCUGCUUCAAUGCGGCCGUGCAGGGGCUGGGGAACUCCCAGCUACUGGAUGUGGGGCCAGAUGAUCUCCCAGGGCGGCUGGGCCUGUCCCAUGGGGCCUCUUCUCCGCUAUGGGUGCUGAGCCCCCUUCACCGGGGGUCGCCCACUUACGCCCCUCGUUAGCUGGCGGAGCUCUCUCCCGCACGCCAAGGCCUUAAUUAACCUGUGGGCCCCUGAGCACCAGGCUCUGAUCAAACCAGGCUGGGGAGGCUCCCCUGUGACCAGUCGUUAACCUGGGGAACUCACUGCCACUAGCUGCAGCCUGGAAUUAGAAACCCGCCACCGUUUCCUUUCCAGUUAAAAUGACCAGAGCGCUGGUCUCCGGAGACGGGCAGGCGCCUCAUUCGCCUGCCCCACAAUGAAAGGAUGGGCUCCCAGGGGCAGUUGUCAGAACUCACUGCCCUCUGUCAACAAGCAGGAGCAGCUGGGGCAGUAGGGGGCAUUUCAGCCCUGGGGGGCAGCUUGGUAGGGGGGGCAUCUGCAGGCACGAACAGCAGGGGAGUGACCAUCAGUAGGUUUCAGAGUUAACGCUGUAGGGACCGGCUGGCUCAGGCUCCCGGCAGACCUGGGUGCGGCUGGGCUGGGGGAAGUCUGGGCUGCCGUGAUAAGGGCUCCGGCCCCUGACUCAGCCCUGGAGGUGCCAACCAUGACGGCUCCCCCCAUUUCCCCCCGCCCCUGUCAGUUCCUGCCCUGGAGCGAGAUGCGGACCCUGGCGGGGAGAUGCCCUGAACCGAUGGGCUCGGCCGUCUGGGUCCUGCUGGCCCUGCUGGUGCCCGGCCUGCUGUGGGGCUUCCCCCCACGGCUGGAGGUACGGGGGGCCGGGGAUCAGAUUCUGCUCCCUUGUGGGGCUCCGGGCCCCCAGGUGCGCUGGGUCUGGGCCCCCCAAUACCCCAAAUGUGCUGGUGACCCCGGAAACCUCGAAAUCGCCCGGCUGCCCCCCAGGCUGGAGCUCCCCCCAGCCCAGUUCAGGGGGCGCCUGGACCCCCACCCCUCAGCCCCGGGGGCCCUGCUGCUCCGGGACCUGGUCAUGAGCGACUCGGGGACCUUCACCUGCCUCAGGGAGUCUGAGCCCGAGCCCCCCAUCCAACUGGAGGUGACAGGAGGCUGUCGGAACAACCUCACCGUCUCCUCCAACUGGACCUCCCCCUUGGCCCUGACCCUCCGCUGCCACCGCUGCCCCCUGCUGGCCGGCCCAGCCUCCUUCCGCUGGUUCCUCAAAUCCCGGCCCCUGGGCAACCAGCGCUGGGCUACCAAGAGGGAGCGGGGGGCUACCGUGCAGCUGGACCCGUCCCGGCGGGCGGCCUGGGGGCGCUGGGAAUGUCGCCUCCUCGGCGCCGCCUCUGGCGGCUUUGAGUUCUGCGUGGAGCCUCCCCUCAGGGCAGGGGGCCCAGGCCCCGGCUCUCAGUGGGGGAUCUGGGUCGCGGCGGCGGCUCUGGGUCUGAUCGGGGCAGGGCUGGGCGCUUGGUGCCUGUGGAGAUGGAGGCGGGGCAGGAACCAACAGAAUCAAAACAAACGAGAGAAAGAAACGGGAGCCCCCAGGCUCCAUUUAUCCCCCCCGGAAGAGCCGCGGCUCGGAGCCAAAUCGACUGAAAGACGCCUCACGCCCCAGAGUCGGGAAAGAGAAGUGAGAGUGCCCCAGACCCCCUGCUUUAUGCUGAAGUUCAGCACCCCCUGAUGGCUCGAGCCCCACUUCCUCCCCCACAUGGCACCACAGUCUAUGCCACUAUUGUGUGACACCCCCCUCCUGUGUUGUGUUCACAGCCCGACUCCUGUCCCAGGUGAUGGGAAAUUCAGCUGGAAGGUGCUAGAAAUCCCUGUUAAAAUCCUGUAGUGGGGAGUUCCCCAGGUUAACGGCUUGUGGCAUUAAAAUCUGCCUUUGAAACCUC